GUAGAAAUGCAGUAGCCAUGGCGCACGCGGACGAUGGUAAGCAUUCAUUGUGGAAUUUUGCAGCACUCCGUCAGUCCACACCACCAUGCACUCAUCGCUCUCAUUCUGUGUGGAUUUGGUGCAUGGGAUGGCUGCAGGUUUGGUCAAGUUGGUGGUGGGGUGCAAGCAGGAGGUGUUCUACGAGAAAAAGUCGCUGUUGGUCGGGGCAUCGCCGCACUUUGAGACCAUGCUGCAGGUGAAGUAUGCGGAGCGGCAGAGGACAAAUGAGUGCGUGCGCAUGACGUGCACUCAACGUUGCUUCUCGAUAUGCUGCAGGGCGAUAUGGCCUGCAAUGAGAAAAACACCCAGACAGUGGAGCUCCCCAACGUCCAUCCCGCAUGUUUCCAACAACUGAGGGCAUUCGGUAAGAUAAGCACUUCACUUGACCGAACCGACAAACACGCGUGGGUGGAUGGAUGGAUGGUGCCAUCCUGCCAUCCUGUCAUCCUGUCUGUGUGUGUGUGUGUCAGUGUACCAUGGAGGCGAUGACGAGCGGCAGACGGUGCUCAAGAAAUACAUCGAAGGCUUGGCAGAGGCCGCCGGCUCACUCACCGUCCCCGCCACCGACCAGUCGGAAACCAAAACGGGCCUGCUGCACCUGGUGGGUCGGUGGGUCGGUGGGGACAAAGAGAGAAGGCAUCCAAGGUCACACACUGACUGUGAGAGGGCAUACUAUCCUUGUGUGUGUAUGUGUGUGUGUGUGUGUAUCAGUACCAGAUGACGAAUUCUCUGCUGAUGGAGGAGCACUCAAACCUCAUCCUGGUUGGUACACAGACACACAAACACACUGCUGCGCCGGCACCACCUUCAUUAGACUGCAACACACACAUACAUACAACGCGUCCUACCUCUCAAUGUGUCGGUUCUGCGUGGCAGGGCCAGAUCAUGCACCAGCUGCAGCAGCUGCAAGACCCUAGCGAGUACCCGGACGGCAUCGUAUCCUUCCUCGUACGUCACCCCACGGCAACUAACACGAAAGAAACGACAGACACACACAGACCUGUUAGCACGAGGGAGGGACGGAUGCAUGUGUCGUGCAUAUUGUGCUGUGUGUCGAUGGAUUGAUCAGCUGCGCGAGAAGCCGAGUCUGAAGGAGACCGAGCCGAUGCGUAGUACCAUCAUCAACUUUGUCAAGGAGCGGGUGGCCAAGCAGGACUCGCAGGACGUGCAGAAGAUCAUGCUGGAGCUGGCGCCCACCUGGUGGAAUGAAAUCAUGACAGAGCUCGAGGACCAGGCACUAGACAUGUCACGUACGUGACGUAUGCACAACCAAGGAGGACAGCGCAUUUCCUUUGUUUCCUUCUCAACCCCCACCACAGCGUGUGUGUGUGUGUCCUUGUUUGCUUCAUCCAUGUGUUGCUUACAUGCGUCUGUCGGUCAUGCCAUGCAGGUCGUGUGGGCGAGUUGAGCGGGCAGAUCAGGGAGUUUGGCCAGAGGGCCAACAAGAGGCGGAGUCAGCAGAUGGACCACAACAGAGUCAUGGAGAUCCAGAAGGGGGACGAACUCCACGCCAUGCGCACCAACAUGAAGAAACUCAAGACCGCAUUCUUCGAACGAAUGGACGGAUGAUCCCACCCAGCCGACAACAGUCAGGUGUGUACUGUCAGUGAGUGAUGCACUGCCAGUAAUGAUGCAAUGCAUGUGUUGUCUGUCUUGUCCUUGACACAGGCAGGGUGCGGUGCGCGCGACUGUGGCGGCUUAGCUGCACGCCACGUGCCCUCUAUCCAUGUAUCUAUGCCACCGAUACACAGAGACAAACGGGACAAAUAUGAUGUGUGGUUUGGUCUGGCCGACUGCGUGAGGCUUGUCCCUCCAUGGCAUGGGAGUGUCGUAUGUGUGUGUGUGUGUGUGUUGGUCUUGUGCAGUGUGUGUGUGUGCAUACUCAGUUGCGGUGACGAACCAUGCAACUGAAGUUGCAGUGUACAUAUUAGAUUCUCUCUGAUGACGGUGGCGGAGUGGUUGGUAUUCACAGACUAUAAAGGUCACUG